CGUUCCAGCUGGGGCUGAGAAGGCGCUCAAGUUCUAGAUGGGGGGAAGGCCUUGAAAGCGACGUCGGGGGGGGGUUGUUCCGGGGUGGGGGAGGGAUUGUGGGGUCCGGGAGGAGGGUUAGGGUCUUUGAAGGGUGUGCUUCACUUCAUGAAACCGCCCUCUCUGGGACUGAGCUUGGUUGUAAAUAAACCACUCAGUAAGAAGGGUCGUCCCAGUUAGGGCUUUCUGAAAGAGAGGAGGGGGCUGGGAAAGAAGUCUCAAGUUCAGGGGGGAUCUUUAUAGUAAAGAGGGGGUGAUGCCAGCUGGCGACUGGCGUUGGGAAUCUCAAACAGGAAAUGGUCGAGAAGUCUUAGGGACUAGAAUCUUGUCCUGUUUUUAAAAGGUGGGGUGUAUUGGGGCCUCGAGUUAGCACUCUAGAAAAAAAGGGGGAAUCAGUCGGGUUGGUUGGUAGGGAAAACUUAGGGGUGAGAAUCUAUUUAAAAAGAAAAGAGGAUAAUUUGAGCUGAGAUCUGGUUGUCUUUAGCAGUAGGAAGAUUGAUCAGUAGGGCAGUAGAGUGGCCUCAGGAAGGUCUGGAUUUGUGUUGGGGUGAGGCUACACCCACCCACCCCAGGGCCUGUGUUUAGCAACUUCUUAAGAGAAAUGAUGAGCCGAGUGGUUUGAGACUGGUGGCAGUUCUUAGUUGGAUCUGAAGGGGAAUCGUGCAGCCUUGCUGGCAUUUUAAUUGUGGGCGGUUGCUGUCAGUGAGCCCUGGACAAAGACGAGGCUGUCAGAUCUGCCUUGCCUUUUCAAUUAGUUACCUUUCUUUGAGUUCCCAAGGCACGGAGAGGUUUAUACCUGAGUUCCUUGCAGCAGUCUGACUUGCUUAGUGGAAUCAUGGUCCUAGUUUGAUGUGAAUCGAAAGUGGGGGUUGUGUGUUUGUUGUUAUUUCCUACUUGUGAGAGGCUAACCCCCCCCCCCAAAUCCGCAGCCUUUAUCUUUCGAAGCUGCAUUUUAUCCUUCCAGGUGCUGUUUGUGGUGUGAGGUACGAGUGAGAAAGGGUACCGUUAUAGUAACCGAAACGAAGGUUCAGAGGCCCGGUUAAAGGAGUGGUUUUUCCUAGGAAGCGAGGUGGCUCUACAACACCGUCAAUAUGCCUAUGCACCCAAAGUCAGACCCCCGUUACUUUGUCAUGAUCCGGCCUCUGCCCAUCCCCAGCCAGAAAGGCCUCAAGGUCCAAGCUCGAAGCAACACCAUCUACAACUGCUGGGAUGUCACGAGAGAGCAGGUCUUCCGGGAGAACUACCAUCGGAGAAUCAAACAGCUCACGCAACAAGGCUACUUUACUCCCAGCUGGAAGCCCUAUCAAGAUUUUGGGGACCCUCUUUACCUCGAUCCGAGGAAACUCACCCUCUAUGGUCUUGGACAGCUCCCACUGGGAUUCUUCAGAGAGGAUGUUGGCCCCGAAGAAGUGGCAGAACCAGUGGAACCAGUCAGUGCUAAGAAGCCGAAACCAAAGGAACCUGAGAAGAAGCUCCUGCCUUUUAGAAACUUAGAAAAGGACCUGAGGACCCUCCAUAAAGACCUUGCACACACAAGGUAUCUGAUCAACUCGGUGAAGAUCGGGCGGGGCUACUUCCAUAUGCUUCGCAGAGAAACUCUGGAGAGGCAGGAGGCAACCAGGCUGGAAGAGUGGAAGGAGCAGGAAAGGCGGAGGACUGACUGUCAGCCGCCAAAAUACCCAUCAUCCUCGUCCUCCGAGGAAGACUCAGGGGAUGAAGAACUGACUGAUUUCUUUCUAACAGAAUGUCCCUUUCUGAGAGAGACGGAGAAAAAGAAAAAGAAGAAAAUUGUCCGACCUUUCACCCCCGUCUACAACGGCCUGCUGUCGGAAAAGCAUCCCGAUGCCCAUUUCGACUCCAUCUUCCGGCAGCUGUGCGCCCUCAACUGGCUCUUGGAAGCUUUGACUCUGGAUCCCAACAGCAGCAUGAAACCUGUGAUGACAUGCUGGAAUCCCAGGCAGUACGGCGGUGCAAAAAGUUCCUUGAAAGUCAUCGCGAAAGAAAAGACGGUGAAGGCUCGAUGGGAGCACUUUCUCUUGCAAACAAAGAGCAGAAAAUACACCCAGAAAGGACAGUACCGGGGCAGGAGAAUCCCCAAGAGGUCUUCCACCAUGAGCAUCUCCUCUCCCCACAGCAAAACGACCCUGACCAGCACAAGCUCCCUGUCGCCCAUCUACGACGAAGCGGCCCAGCCCCCUUCCGACAGCGCCAAGGAAGGGGAGGAGAUGGAGUCCAUCUUCAGCAAGACAACCAGGGAAGAAGAGGAGCCGAUGUGCUACCAACUGCAGACGCUGCUUCAGAUGAUACACGAAGACGUGGCGAAGAAUUUUAGCAAAGAAAAUAUGUUUUGGAACUUGACACACGGCUGCUCGCACACCAUAUUGUCGAGACGUGAGCUGGAGAGCGAAUUUUCAUUUGGGCAGAAGGGCAAAAGCUCAGUUUCGUCCUCGAAGGAAGAGAAGACCAGCACAGGAGUCGCGAAAGAGGAGACCUCAGGGGAGCAGAGGCCAAAGAGUUCGAUGACAGUGACUGUCCGAGAAGAUAAAACGGUGACAGCGACCUACUCGGACGAAGACACCACUGAGCAGCUCAACAAACCUCAAAGCCUCUUCCUUAAAAGGAAAGAGCAGACUUUCCAGAACAUGAAGGAUAUCUUCCACGAGGUGGCCCACGAGUCUGCUUUCAGGCUGCACGAUCAACUGGACAUCCUAGAGAGGAGGCGAGAAGAGAAGAGCACGAGGAAGUACCUGUGCCUGAGUCGCAUCACCAAGUUCCGAAAAGAUCUCGAGCGGAUGAGGCAGUCGAUGGUGGGGACGGAGCCGGAACAAGACGCUGAGUCCGAGAACUGGUUCUCCACUUUGCUGGCCAGGAUCCCAGAUGACGUCAAGAGAGAUCACCGUACCCAGAAAGUCCUAAAGAAACUGGAGAGGUUUGCGAGGAAUCCGGACUUGCGCAUCCGGCCGCCUACCUUCCUGAAAGUGUUGGGGGAGCUUCGGAUCUGGGAAAUCUGCUCUCCGGACAUCUGCGCAGCUGUGGAGUUCCUGCGUGAAUAUAUUGUGGAGAUGCCCAUGGACGAUUACAAACAAUGGUUACAGUCUCGAGUGACAAUCCCUAAGCGAGCACACAGCGCUCCACCGAUAUGCUGAAAGCCCCCCUCCCCGCAAGGGCCGGGUCGAAAAGACUAAGGACAAAGGCUUCAUUUUUUAUAUAAAAAAAAGAAAUCAGACACGUGCUGAGAAAGAGCUGGAUGAAGCCGACACCUGGAGUGUCUACUUGGAGAACUGUACUCUUGCUCAUACGCCUGGAAUGAUGCGUGGCUAGGGCCCAAGGGCCACACUCUAGAACCCUCUCCAAAGGCUGGAAUUGCUCAUUCUCAGAAAGGUUCAUUUGGAAUUGCAUCACCAUCGCUUGCAGCUGCAGGCUCAAAAUGACAAGGAAGAGAAUUGAACAGCCAAAGCCAUUUUAACUUUUAGAUGUUUAAUUUAAUUUGGGACAGGAGGCAUGGAAUUACGUGCCUGUGGCAACCUGCAGUUUAGUGAAGGGAGCGGAUCCCUUUGCUUGUGGUGAUCAGCUCUCUCUGCUGAAAGGGAGCAGAUCCCUUUGCUUGUGGUGAUCAGCUCUCUCUGCUGAAAGGGAGCAGAUCCCUUUGCUUGUGGUGAUCAGCUCUCUCUGCUGAAAGGGAGCAGAUCCCUUUGCUUGUGGUGAUCAGCUCUCUCUGCUGAAAGGGAGCAGAUCCCUUUGCUUGUGGUGAUCAGCUCUCUCUGCUGAAAGGGGCAGUUCUGAGGCUUCAGACCAAUGCCAGCAUUUGCAAAUGUUUUGUUAUUUCUGGAUGCUUUGAAUUAUUAAAAAAAUUGUUUUAGCAGUAGGCUUCUCAUCCAGUUAGUAGAGCAUUAGACUCUUAAGCUAAGGGUUGUGUGUUUGAGCCCCAUAUUGGGCAAGACGCCUGCAUUACAGGGGGUUGGACUAGAUGACCCUCGUGGUCCCUUUGAACUCUACAAUUCUAUGAUAUACUGAGCUUCCACUUAGGGAUCCAGUAUCUGCAGAUGGGAUUUACUCGUUCAUCAGAUAACACACCUUGUCUCCUACUGCCAUCUUCUGUACAAGAGAGGAUCUUACCGAACAACCUUGCACGUGAUUUUUAAGCAGGGCUGGUGGUAUUUCAAAGGUCAGUGCUCAUGAUCUCACCAACUGACAGAGAGGAAAACGAAAACCUUGCUAAGGCAUUUGCUAAAAAUGAUUUCACUAUCCAGUGAAAGUCCUUAUGAUCCUAGAAGCACAUCACUGGAUUCUAGAAAACCACAAGUAGCUCUUUUUAAUGAAUUACAGCAAACCAUAUCUGUGCCAUGCUGAAGUGCGCAUCUGCAAAUAAUGCUUUAGCACCACAGUUUCGUUUCAAAGCUUUUUAUUAAACUGUCACCCAAACAGCCUAAUUUUCAUCCCCCUUUCCCCUCUAAUUUCUGAGGCUCUUUAAAUUAAGUUUUGAUUUACAGAAUUUGCAGCCCCCUGAGCUACAACAACAGCAAAUCAGCAGUACAUCAAAACAAACUGCUCAACUUCCACAGAACUCUUUAAUUCCACUUACACAGAGUGGGAAUUGCUCCUUUAACACAAAGGUGGGGAGGGAGAUUCACAACAGGACCAACUACCAAUUACCGGUUCACAAUUGAUAGGACUCCUUCACCAUGUAAUUCUGUGUUU